UUAUUAUCUGUUUUGCAUCGUUCGCAUUCGCAAUCGCAGCGAAUGUUGUAUUUCUACUUUCGUAAUAUCAUUUAUUUGUAUUUGCUUGAAAUAAAUUAAAAAUGUUUUUGUUAUCGUAUUUUAAAUCAUUUUCAUAAGUUCGGUUCUUUUCAAGUCCAUCGCAACGAGUUGCGAUGGACGGACCAGACGAAGGAGUUUUAGAUGUGGAUUUAUUAGCUGACGAUGGGUCUGACGACGAAUGUGAAGCCCCGCCGUCUUCAGACUUUUAUGCAGGCCCAGCUUCUACACCGACGUCAUGUGCAUCAUCACCUCGCGGCGAAGAGCCGGCCUCUCCCCUUGCUGUGGUAUCACAGCCAGCAUUCUUUCACCAUCAAACAUACACUCGUCCAUUCUUUACAUCAGGCAGAAGAGGACCUGGAAGACCUCGUAAAGAAGGAGCCAAGUUAGCGCGUGAGGGAAAGAUAGUGAGACGCUAUAGAGGAAAUCCAGGUUCAGUAAGAGGAGCUAAACGCCACCGAAGCAGUCGUGAUGAAGCUCUUGAUGACAUGUUGGAUGAAGAUGACUUUACCAUGCCUGCACCUGAGGAACCACCAUACACUCCAGAAAAAUGGCCUGGUAAAGUUUGUGCCUUAUGUAAUCUAAGUGAGCGCAGUCAACUCGGACAAGGAGAAAUGAGGCAGACAGUAUGUAACAUAGAAGGGGAAGGGAGUUCUACACCUAGUAUAAGUAAUUCUGGAGGUGCUACACCCACCAGUAUUACAACUCCUAACACACCCACUCUUCCUCUCCCUGCAGGGUUGGCUUCACCGCCACCCGAAUUGCUAGAUAUUAAUCAGCAGCAUCAAGUUCUUCCUCUAAGCAGGCGUCAAAAAGCAUUUAACAAGUGCAAGACCCCACUUUACAACAUGGAGCAUACCGAUGAACUCUCAAUCAUUGGAUUUUCUGAGACACUAGAGUUACCUGCAGUGGUAUCCUCAGGAAUGUUUUAUGUCCAUCGUUGUUGCCUUGAGUUCAGCCCUCCAUUUCAAGAUCAAGUUGCUGCUGCAUGUACAUCUGAUGAGGAAAAGGACCAAUUAGAAGAAGCUAGGAUUAGAGGAAUUGUUACAACAGCUCUUGCUAGAAAAUGUGCCUUCUGUCAGAGAUAUGGGGCAAGCAUACCAUGCAAGAUGAGUUGUAGUAAAUAUUUUCAUCUGCCUUGUGUUCUGGCAUCUGGAGGCUUUAUGGAUUUUCAAACAAAGUCAUCUUUUUGUAAGGAUCAUUUGUAUCAAGCACCACUUGUAUGCACAGCAGAUAUAGACUGCAGAACUUGUCGAACCAUCGGGGAUAUGUCCAAUCUUAUGACAUGCGUUACUUGUGGAGCACAUUAUCAUGGCACUUGUGUAGGACUCAAGCAACUGCCUGGUGUACGAGCGGGCUGGUCGUGUCGCGCGUGCCGCGUGUGCCAGGUGUGCCGCGGCGAGGGAGGCGCGGGCGUGGGCGCGGGUGAGGCGCGGGCCGUGGCAUGCGAGCACUGCGACAAGCUGUACCACGCCAUGUGCCUGCGCCCCGUCAUGGCCACGGUGCCUAAGUACGGUUGGAAGUGCAAGUGCUGCCGCGUGUGCUCCGACUGCGGCGCGCGCUCGCCCGGCGCCGGCCCCUCGUCCCGCUGGCACGCGCACUACACGGUGUGCGACUCGUGCUACCAGCAGCGUAACAAGGGCUCGUGCUGUCCGCUGUGUCGCCGUGCUUACCGUGCCGCAGCUUACCGCGACAUGAUCCGCUGCUCGACUUGCCGCAGAUAUGUACACGGAAUGUGCGACCCGGAAGCGGAUCCACAGCAGUAUAGGCAAAAGAAGGAACAGAAUCCUGGAUAUGAAUAUAGUUGCCCUAUAUGUAAAUCUAAUAUGUUGGCAGGCUCUAAGUCCGGAUCAUUUGAAGAAGACAAUAUGGCAUCGACAUCACAGGACUCCUCUUUCGGCGAUGAUAAUGCGCAAGAUCAGGAUCCACUGGCAAUUGAACCAAAGGCAGAUGUCGGUCUUGGAAAAGGCAAACCUUACACAGUUUCCUCGAAAGUAGCGAAAAAAAAGAUAGGUGGAUAUAAACUCAAGGGUGGGUUUCCACCUGCUGGCAAAUUGGGUUUCCAAAAGCGUCAAAGGUCUGUUUUAGACUUUGGUCGAAAACGAGGAUCUAAACCAAAAAUGCGUGGAGUGUUUGGUGUUCCUGGACUAGGCUUACAAAGGCCACAAGCUCCUGACAAUAAAACAUCUGAAGAUGACCCAGGAGUGGAAAACAAACUAGUCUUGUGUUCAAGUAAAGAUAAAUUUGUACUUACUCAAGACUUAUGCGUCAUGUGCGGGGCUAUCGGUACGGACUCGGAAGGUUGCCUCAUAGCGUGCUCGCAGUGCGGCCAAACGUAUCACCCCUACUGUGUCAACAUUAAGGUGUCGCAAGUGAUCGUCAGUCUCGGCUGGCGCUGUUUGGACUGCACGGUGUGCGAGGGCUGCGGAUCGCGCGGCGACGAGCCGCUGCUGGUGCUGUGCGACGACUGCGACACGGCCUGGCAUACGUACUGCGCUCGGCCCGCGCUGCCGGAGGUGCCGCGCGGCGCCUGGCGCUGUGCGCGGUGUCGCCGCUGUCUCGUGUGCGGUACGCGCGACACGCCGCUCUGGUGCGACAACUACACAGAGUGCUCGCCGUGCGCGUCGCUCGUGAUGUGCUGCGUGUGCUCCGAGCCCUACUCCGACGGCGAGCUCAUCAUCCAGUGCACCGCGUGCUCGCGAUGGCUGCAUGCCGCUUGUGACUCUAUCCGCGGCGAGGCCGACGCCGAAACCUGCUGUCGGGCCGGGUACAAGUGCGUGCUGUGCCGCGGGCGCGAGGUGCCGCCGCCGCACGUGGCGCGCGCGGUGCUGCCGGCGGCGGGCGCGGCGGGCGCGGAGGGCGAGGAGCGCGCGCCGGCCCGGCCGCGCCACACGCCGCUGGCGCUGGGGCUGGCGGGCGAGUACUACGUGGACGACGUGUGCCUGUCGCAGCGCGGCGCUCACCACAUGAAGCAGCUGGAGGCGGAGAUGGGCAUCACGCACACGCGCCGCAAGAGGAGGUUCAAGAACGAGAACACUGAGAAAGACGCCGAAAUAAUGGCAUCUAUUGAAACAGUGGUUCAGAAUGCAGAAGGAGAGAUGGGAGACGACACCAAGCCUGACAGCACUGCUGAAGUGAAAGAGGAACCUGGCUUAUUAUCAAACACGAAUCUGAAAGAAGGCAUUUUAUGGAACGUUGCAAAUGAUGGCCCAGUGCCUGAAGGUUUCACCAUUUAUACCACGGAUUCAGGCCUCACUGUGCUGCGCAGAAAACGACAGAGAAAUUUGAACAAGCUCGGCAUCGGCGGUUUCGUUGUGCGACAAAGACACACGAACGCUAAAGCACAAGCCGAUGAUGACAAAGAAGGAGACGGAACGCAAGGCUCCGGAGAGUCACCAAGUAAUAAACGUAAACCACGUCGCAAACCUCGUUCAAAACUGAUGGAGCAAUUUCCUUCUUACAUGCAAGAAGCGUUUUUCGGCAAGGAUCUUCUCGAACCGACCAAGCCCGCCAUCAGUUCGACAGGCAAGUUACCGACAUAUAAUGGCGAGGCGGCGCGCGCCACGCCCGACGCGUGCCGCGACGCGCGCGAGCUCGACAACUCCGACAGCGACGCCGACGACGUGCUGGCCGCGCUCUGCGCCUUCAACGACCACGACUGCACCGUCUUCAUCACGCUCAACGCGGAGGAGUCGGACCUCUUGCGGACGCUGAAACCGAAGGAGGAGAAGGAGGACGGCCCGAACGCGGCGAGUUCGGAUUGCGUGAAGAUAAAAUCGGAGGCCUCGGAGGAGGGGCAUCUGAAGCACACGGAGGACUCCACGGCUCUCAAAAACGCUAUUUUAGGACCGCAGUCGAAUGAGCCCGAACAGGCUCCUCCUGAAAAUCCUGCGCACGUUCCCAAGACCGAAACUAUUAGUACUGACACGGGGGGCUCGUCGCAGUCAUCGACCAUCUCUCCGAAGGACGAGCUGUCUCUACUGGGCGUGAACCUGGAUGCGAUGGUGCGCGACUCGCUACCUGACAUGGACAGUAACGACGUCGACGAGAUCUUCAAGGGUGUGCUCACCGACGACUCGCAGGAAUCACAGGAAUCAUCAGUAUCCUACGUCAACUCCAUGGCGGGUACGCCGUACUCGCAACAACGACAACAGCUACAGAGUCCUAUGGAGUAUACCUCACCUUAUCAUACCGAAUUCGGAAGCAACAGCUCGCUGAGCCCGCUGUACGGCGAGGGCGCGGCGGGCGCGUGGGCCGAGCAGCCCGCGCCGCCGCCCUCCUACAACCAGCGCAGCGCCGACAAGAUGCGCGCCGACGAGAGUCUCGGCUCCGCGGCGACGAUUUCUGCUGUCCUCUAUGCCAACACUAACCAUCCCGAGUGGAAGACUGAGUUCCCGAACUGGGUGGAUCGCUGCAAGCAGAUUCUUAAGAAAUGGCGUGCUCUGCCCUCCGAGCAGAAGGCGCCGUACUUGCAGCGCGCCAGAGACAACCGCAGCGCCAUUCGCAUGAAGAAGGCGCAGCAGAGCUCGAGCGGCGCUGCGGACACGGAGGGCGGGCGCUCCCCCGCGGGGGCGCCGCCGCCGGCCGCGCCCAGCACCCCCAGCGCCUCGCCCGUCGCGGUCGCCGCGCCCGCCACCAGCGCCCCGCCGGCCGCCAGCGCGCCCGCGGCCGUCGGCGCGGCGAGCGGCGCGCCGAGCGGCACGGAGCAGGAGCGCGCGUGCAGCCAGCAGCGCAGCGCGCGCGAGGCCGAGCAGGAGCGCCAGUGGAAGCAGCUGCAGCAGAUGCGCCAGCAGCAGACGCAGCAGCAGCAGCAGAUCAUACACGACCAGAGGAUACAAGCGUGUACCGUUGAAGCAGCGAUGCAGCGCAUGCGCGGCGCGGAGGGCUCCCCGCCGCCCGCGCCCGCGCCCGCCGCCGCGCCCGACGCGCCGCGCGCCGCCUUCCCCGCGCAGCGCUUCCCGCUCUACGCCACCAGCGACGAUAUCAACCGCCAGCUGCGCGACCUGCUGCAGAGGCACCCCGACAAGAUGUGGCCGCCGCAGUCGUCGGGCGAGGAGGGCGCGGAGGGCGGCGCGUUCCGGUCGCCGCUGCCGGUGUCGGUGCGCGCGCGCGUGCCGGCCGGCGCGCCCGUGCCGCCGCAGCACCGCACGGAUCACGUGAUAAUUCAAAAUCGCCUCGUGACCGCCGAUAACGCUCAGAUGCAACAGAUCAUUGGAACUCCCAACGCCACACAAAUGAUGGAGCAAAAACAAAUGACUGCGUCACAUGGAAACGUAUCGAAUAUGGAUAAGCAAGAGACUGGAGCCGAUCAAGGAACCGAUGAAAUGGAUAUCGGUGAUAUGGAUAAACUCGAACAAGACACAGGAAACAUAGGGGAGGUGGACAUCCUGACGGGGUUGGGCGGCGAGGACGACGAGGAGCUGCUGGAGUCGCUGACGGCGGAGAUCGGCGAGCAGUUCAACAUCCUGGAGUACGCCGACCCCGAGCUGGCGGCGCUGGGCGACGAGCACCUGCUGGACGGGCUCGACCUGCCCGACGACGUGCCCGAGCGCCUCGAGCGACACGCCAAGCGCACGCCCGAGGAUGAAUCCGAUCACAAGACGGAUAAUAAGAUGGACAGCGAGUUGCAGAAGGCGGUGAAAAAUAUAGAAUCAACGAAUUCGGAGGUUAAACCGGAAUUGACUAAAGUGAAAUCCGAAUUUCAAGAUACCAAACCCGAAGCGCCGGUGACGAGCGUUGGGCAGAUGUUCCAGGACGGUAUUCAGAGAGUUAUCUCGCAGAAUCAUCAGAUGUCUUUACAGUCGGCGAUGCAGGCCGUGAAAGCAGAGGUGAAAGCGGAAGGCGAUGAAGUCAAGACGGAAAAUGAUUGGCCGCGUCCCGUUUUCUCCAAUAUGUUCGGCUUGCAACUUCAACAACAGCAACAAGCCCAAGCAGUUCGCCCGAGCCCGCAGAACGCACCGGUCUUGCAGCGGCCGCAGUUCCUCGGACAACACGUGCAGUUCGCGCAGGGCGGCGCGCAGAGCAUCGUGAGCGCCAUGACGGCGCAGGUGGCGGCGGCGCUGGCGGCGGGCCGCGCCAUCGCGCCCGGCACGCGCCUGCUGGGGGCCGACGGCGCCGUGGGCGUCGUGCGCCACGACCGCUCCGUGGCGCUCACCGCGCUGCCGCACUCGGCUCGCAACAUGGUAUCGGGUGCGGCGGGCGCCCGACAACUGGCGCCGCCCACGAUGCGACCCGACACGCCCCUCGCGGUCUCCUCUCUCGCUGCGGGCCCGGCGGGCGCGGCGGGCGCGGUGCGCAGCGCGCCGCCGCCGUACCCCGGCCUGCGCGCGCCGCCGCCGCCGCCCUACCCGCAGCUGCAGAACGUAAACCAGGAGCAACCGUUGCUUCUGGAGGAGCUGUUGGAGCAAGAAAAGCGCGAGCAGGAGCGCGAAGGUGGAGAAUGGGGCAGCUCGGCGGGCGUGGGGGGCAUGGCGGUGGGCGGGGCCGGGCCGCCCGCGCCGCCCCCCGCGCCGCCGCCGUCGGUGCCGCUGUUCUCGGCCGCGCCGCCGCCUGCGCCGCCGCUGCCGCCCGAGCGCGCCGCCACUGAGGCCGACCACCACGCGCGCCUGCUGUACGAACAGUGGCUCAAGCAGUACAACACGUUCGCAGCCGACCAACUGCGGUACUACGAGCAGGAGGUGCAGAAACUUCGCAAGAUCCGCAAGUCGCUGAAUAGUAAGCAGCGUCAAUUAAGAAAAUCCGGAAAUGAAUUAAUGCCGAAUGAUGCCGCCGAAUUACAAAGAGUUUCGACCGAGCAACAGGCGCUUCAAAAACACUUAGAAGCUGCUAGAAAACAGGCUAGACAGCAUAGUAUGCUUAUUCAGGAAUAUGAAACAAAGCAACGUCAACAAAAUCCUCAACUAGCCCAGCAGACAGUGAUAAACCAACAACAGUUGAAUAAUCAGACUGUAUUUGCACAGAAUCAGAAUAUUAACCAAACGCAACAACUGCAACAACAGACAAUUAAUCGGCCUAUGCAAAUAGGCCUUCAGGGAUCUACAAUUCAACAACAAACAUUAAUUCGAACCCAGCAAACGAUUCUGGGUUCCGACGGUCAACCAUUGUCACAACAAAGAAUAGGCUUGGUGACCUCUCCGCUCAACGCUCAAAGCAGGAUCCUGCAAGGCGGACGUACGUUGGUCAUAGAGCAAGCCGGAGCGCCGCAACAACAAUUAGUUCGUCAGCUGUCAGGUGUACAGGAUAGGCCGCAGUCUGUCGGUGGGAUAGUACAGUUUGGUCAGCAACAGCUAUCUGGCGUGAGAAGCUCAAUGCCGGCGGGAGGUCAGACGCCUCGCCCAGGAGGAACGCGACCAGCUAUGUCUCCGCUACAUGUACAAUCUCCUCAUUCUCAAUCUCCCCAUCAUUCGAUUGCUCCUCAAUCACCCUUACACCCUAUGCAAAGUCCGAUGCAAUCACCUUUGCAUUCCCAACAAUCUCCGUUACAUCAUACUUCGCAAUCUCCUUUACAUCCAUCUACUCAAUCUCCGCUUCAUACUCAACAAUCGCCGAUGCAUUCUCAGCAGUCACCGAUGCACGUUCAACAAACAUCUGGUAUGGCCCAACAGAGUCCGAUGCAUCCACAACAAAGUCCAAUGCAUCCGCAACAGUCGCCAAUACAUCAACAGUCGCCUAUGCACCCACAGAAUCAAAUGUCAACGCAACAUUCUCCAAUGCAUCCACAGCAGAGUCCAAUGCACCCACAACAGACUUCGAUGCAUCCACAACAAAGUCCGAUGCAUCCCCAACAGAGUCCAAUGCAUCCACAACAGAGUCCGAUGCAUCCUCAACAAAGUCCGAUGCACUCCCAGCAAUCUCCGAUGCAUUUACAACAGUCUCCGAUGCACACACAACAAUCACCAAUGCAAUCAUCGAUGUCGCCGCAACAUUUCUUGCAGCAGUUGCAAGCUCAAAGAACGAGCCCGCAAUUGCCUACACCUAGCCGAAGCCCGCAGAUAUAUCAACAGUCUCAGAUACAAAGUCCGGUUGCAUCUCAUUCACCGCAAUUGCAAAAUCAGAACGAUUAUACAACGGGGAGAUUCCCACGACCAGCUCCUGGAUGUUCUCCUCUACCCACACGUUUUGCUCGACCACCACACCAUCAACAAGGUAUGAGAGUUGGUGUACCUUUUGUUAAUCGCCAACAAACUUCGCCUCUCGGCAGCCCACAGCCUCUUCCUUCACCUGGAAACACAAAUAAUGAGAUGACUCGCCAACAAAUACUUCAACGGCAACAAUACAGCCCUAUGGGAGGAGCGCCAUCCUCUCCUUCAUUAUCCAGAUCCCCUCACGUAGCACGAACGCCAACUCCCUCAGCAUCACCGGCAGCGUCGCCUGCUCCGCACCACGAGCACGGUGGAGGCGCACAUCAUCACCACAUGGCACCAAUACCACCUGGAUAUAGAUAUUUCAAACCUGGUCUAUUUGGAGGUGCCCCCGUGUGGCCUAACAAAGAUGACGAUCGUCGAAGGACAACACAUAUUAAUAAAGUGUCAAUAUUGAAGCGCAGGACGCCUCCUCGUCCGAGGUUUACAGGAAAAACUGCGGCACCGUGUUCAGAUAAUCGAUCUGAUAGCAUAAGCGAAUCGAGUGAACCCAGAAAAUAUGUUUUAUACUCUUCUGAUAGUGUUGAAUAUGCAAGCACAUCUGAUGAUUCUGCUAGAAUGAGUUUCGCUAAAGAUGAUGACGAUGAAGAUAUACAACAGUUUGUAGAUCAUUUAGAUGAUGACGAUAUUGUCGUUGUUGAACCUGGAGCUAUAUCUCCAGAAGAACGCAUUGCAACUGAAGAGGAUUUUGAAGAGUUAAUUGACAGUGGUAAACCAGAAGAUGAGGUUGAAGAUGAAUUGCCUCAAGAUAAACUCACAAGGACAGAAACUACAACAAAAACAGUUGCGGUUAUAAGUUUAGCUCCUGCGAAACAACCUUCUAGUAAUGUGCAGCAAUAUAAAAUAGUAAACCCAUCACAAAAUGCGACACUUUCCCGAUUGCCAGUCUUGAGCGCUGCAGUGCUUUCCCCACAUACUAACACAAAGAUUCUCAAUGAAGUUUCCCAGGCAACAGUUGCUUCUGUUUCUAUUGCUAAUCAGACUAUUUCAGUACCAGUAUUAAAAAGUCUAUCGGUCCCUAUUGCAAAUGUGACUGGACAUGCUGGUGGUAUGUCAAAGCCACAAAUUAAAAAAGUUCCUCUUAAUUUAACUAACUCACCUUUGACAGUGAAUAUGUCAUCUCAAUCGUUAUCAAAACCGAUAAGUUCAGUAAUAAGUGUAAUAUCUUCGAAUGUUGCAAAAAGUGCGAGUAUGAAUCCAGUUAUAACACUCGCUACUUCUAAUACCGGCUCUGGACCAUCGAGAGUUCCUGUUUCAAUUUUAACACAGCACCAAGUGAAGCAAAAAAUCGUUAAAACUAUCGAAAAACCCAUGGCACUAUCUUUGUCAAACACUAAGUUGUCGAGUUUAUCAGUAACUCACGAUGCUACACUACCUGCUAAAAUAUUUCAAGACGAAGCAGCAUCUCCGGACAGCACUGUAACUUCUGAAAAUAACUCGGAUAUGCAUAAUCCUUCUGGAUCUCAACAUUUACUUUCAAUAUCAUCACAAGAGCAAAAAGAUCAAAAGCCUUCUAUUCUCAAAGACAGUAGAGAUAUUGAUAUUGAAAACGAGAUCAGUCAACAAACAGAAUUGCCUCAUACAUUAUGUUUGUCUGAUAGAACGCCACUUUUAUUAGGUAAGGCCGAUAUAAAAAGUCCAGACCCCAUACCUGAAAAAAUCCCCGAUAAUAUCAUGGAAGGUGACGACGAAGACAAGCCGGAAGAUAACUUACAGAGCCAUUUAUUACUGUCAUAUAAUAAAACAUUACAAGAACAACCUAUGUCAAAUCCUGCGGCAUCUGAAAGUAACUCUGAUGAAAACGUAGUAAAAACAAUAAAGGCGAUUGCAAACCAAACUAAAGAAAUGGUAAUAGACUCAAAUAUGCAAAUAACAUCAGAUUUGACACAAGACUCAGUACAAAUUUCUAUACCGUCACCUACGCCAUCUCAAGAGAGAUACCUUAAUGACAUAACUAUGCGUGAACAUUCUGAAACAGUUGAAGGUAAUCCUAAACAUGUGGAAUCUUUCGAAGAUAUGUUAUGUAUGCUUGAGAACAUCACUGAUGACACUAAAACUUAUGGUAUGAAACAAAACACCAAAAAUAAUCCUCCAACUUCACAAAACUCUAGUGUUAGUGCAAGUAAUGUUUCGAAAUCAGAAAAUAAGGAUACACAAGAACAGCCAAUAUUUCCUACUCGGGAAGCUGAGAGGCUCGCUUUGCAGUCAGCAACAGUACCACAGUUGUCGCCACUGUCUCAACCAGCAGAAUUAACGUCCAAUAUGGCGAACGUUUCACAACAACUACGAACUAUAAUGUCUUCCUUGAAUAGCAACCCAUCCAAGGUAGAAUCUCAAACAAUAAUUAGAAGAAACAGCGACUCGACAACCCCAACCCAAGUUAACUUCGAAAACUUGCUUCCCUCUUCAAAGGUAGAAAUAGCAACAUCGCGACCAUCUCCUGUUCAAAGAAUCGAAAAGCCUCAAGUUUCUAGUGCGUGCUCAGAAUCUGUUGCAAUGAGUGCAGCACAAGUUAUCGGCUCGCGAGUAAAUACACUAUCUACAAUGGGUCAGAUAAGAAAAUCACCUACAGUAUCACCAAUUAACUCUCCUGUUGGUAUACAAAAUCCUCUUAUGAAAUCACCAGCACAGUCGCCUUUAAUUAGUCAUCAAACUUUCAAUUUAAGUGAAGAACCACAAUGUUCAACUUCCAUGUCGUCACAAAUAUUGCAAAUGCCAGCUUUGUCCAAGAUACAUAGUAAUUCUUCAACACCAACCUCUAUGAUACAUCCGAAUAAUAUAACUACGACGAGUAUAAGUGGUUAUCAAAAGUCUCAAUCUUUGCCUACUAGUAUAUUAGGUCAUACUUUACUGCAACCUACAAGACAAAUUAAUACAAGCAAUUUACAAUUUAAUCCGCAAAAUAUCAGUUCAAGUCAACCACCAGCUUUGGUUAUGACUUCAAGGACAAUUGGUGGACAUAAAGAACCAGCUCCUAAUGUUACGGUGCGUACACACAGUAUUGUAAGUCCUAAUAUUGGCCAAAUGCAAACAAAGCCAACACAAGGUUCAAUAAACUUUAUCACGUCUUCAAAAUUGCUACACACUCAAUUAACUUCUCCUUUAAAACGAUCAAAGUCAACUGACGAACCAAAAAGUGAAAUUAUAGUUGGUCAUAUCCAGCCAACAAAAAGGCAUAGUGUAGAAUCGGUUAUAGUAAAAUCUGAACCCAUGGAAACUGACGAAACAAAUAAUUCAAUGCCAACCGUAACUGACAAUUCAGGGACAAAAAAUAUUCAUCAAAAUGCACAAAAUCAGAGAAUUCACGAUGAGUCGCAAAAUGUGUUAUUAAAACAACUUUUACAAACAACAACAACCUCAUCAAACGUAGUUCCUCAAAGAACUAUGACAAUACAAAGAACUGCUCCUGCUCUAGGGACUAUACCUUCAUUAGAAGCGCAGUUAGCUCGACCAUCAAUACCGCCACCAACAUUGGGCUUAACUCAAGAAGUAGAAAUACCCAAAAACUCUCCACGACAUAUGACAUCAGCAACUUCUCCGUUCACAAAUCGCCCUAUGCAAACUUCUAUACCAACAUCGUCAAUUUCACCUUUGAUACAAAAUUCAACACAAUCUUUAAUGGACGUAAGAAAACCCCCGAUGAAAUUAUUAAAUAAAGAAGAGACGACCCCAAUACCAGAAUGUUCGCCUACGAUGAAAACAUUACCAAUGUAUCCUUUAACAAUAGAAAACCAACAAUUGCAGCAAACUAUUAAGAAAGAGGUAGCACCACCUCAACAGAGUCCUGUACACCGACCUUUUACGCCAUUAGAUGUAAAAAAAGAACUUUUAGAUGAAAGUUCUCAACAGUCUGCAACAUCUGGUGUCUCAACAGCAUCAGAUCAAGGAAAGUUAGAUCAACCAAUGAAAGAAGAAUUCCCUGAAAGUGUUAAUAUGGAAACCUCCUCUGAUAUAAAUCCUUCGGAAACCCCAUCAGAGGCUAAAAAACGAAAAAGGCGAGAAUAUCAACAAAAGAAACGGAAACAAAUACAAAUGAACAUGAAAGCUGCUGCUGAAAACAGUAUGAAUGCAGUAAAUGCUAAAAAGCGACCACGCAAAGGAUCUAGAUACGAGGAAGACUAUGAUACAUUUAUAGACAACUUAAUGGGUCAGCUAAGACUGUUGCCACCAAUGCAGAUACAAGAACCUGCUUUGACUACUAAUUUUGCGGUGUGUCCUCUUUUUGGUUCUGGCGAUCUCACAAAACUUAAAAAUAAAGAUUAUGACAUUUUAAAAGGUGAUUUAUUAGGAGAGUUUGGUAACGCAAAAAUUCCCAGUGUUGCUGAUUAUUACAAUACCAAACCAUUCGGCGAUGAAGAACCAUUACCUGAAAAGCCGACGGCAUCAACACAACGAGGUUUUUACGACCAAGAAUUUCAACCUAUUAUAUUCGACGAAGAUCCGGAGGAUAAAAAACUUGAUUUCAUUUGUAAAGAGAGAGAUACUGAUACUCCUGAUACUAUCGUCAGCUGCUCUAGCCCUGAGGGCUAUGAAAUCGAUCCUGAUGAUAGAUUCCCUUAUCUUAAACCUAUUGAUGAUGAUGACGAUGAAGAAGAUGAAGAAAUUUCUCACUCUGGUAAAGUCUCACCUGUAAUAGCACUUAUUGCACCGAUACCGAUUAGAGUUAAGCCCUUAUCACUUUAUCAACUUAAGGAUGAAGAAGAUAAUCAAAAAUCUUUGAAAUGUUUGGAUACUGAAACUCCACUCAAAACAAAAAUGGAAGAUUCUCCUGGUAGUACAGAAAGCAAUGAAAAUGUUACAGUUACCCUUACCCUCACAUCUGGAGCUGCCGAGGAUAUACUUGGUGUAUUAAAAGAACUUGCAGGAAUUUUGCAUAUACCACCACCUACUUCAUAUCAAAUUAUAGAACGCACAGCCACACCGCCAUCUCACAAACUUGGAUUGUAUAGGUCUAAGGGUAAAGAUGGUAAAGAGGGGACUCCGAUUGACAUUCAAAGCAUUCUAAAUGGUGCAGCCAAAUUUUGUCGGCAUUGUGACGUAGUAAUACUAGAUUCUGUUGUUCGAGCCAAAGCGUCAGAAUUUCCUCUUCUGUCUGCUAAUAAAGGUAAUGCUGAGGAAAUUUUGUGCGACAGUGAUUCUGAGCUAUAUUUCUGUAGCACUCAAUGCUACGAGCGAUUUGCUUGGCGUCCAACAAAUAUAAUCUUAGACGGUAAAUCGAAGACGACGGUUAAAGAGGACAGUAAGUCAGAUAUUGAAACGAACCUAUCGAAAGACCGAGAUGACUUUGACACUGCGUCGACGGAAAGUAUGGAAACAGAUGAUCUCGAUAUAAAACCUGAUAUUAAGGAUGAGAAAAUGGACCUGUCCUUUAUCGAUUCGUUGGAUAACGAUGAGUUAAUGAAAGAAGUAGGUGACGACGUCAGUGCUCUCGACGAAGACCUAAAAAGCAUGGAACAGGAUGACAAAAGCAAUCAAAGCGUGGAAAAGGAAAAAUAUAGAGGUAUUCGUUACAAAUCAUGGUCACCUGGUUGCAUCGGACCCCCAAUAAAAUAUAAACGCCCGACGGACCGAGAGCUCACUGAACUCGUUUUUCGUACUGGCGUCGCUAUAAUGCCUGUCACUAAUGAGGACACUCGUAAAUGUGAACUAUGUGGCAUUCAAGGAGAUGGUGUCGCAGAUGGCGUGUCGAGGUUACUGAAUUGUGACGUAGAUAGGUGGGUGCAUCUCAAUUGUGCUCUUUGGUCGGAAGGUGUAUACGAAACAGUAAGCGGUGCUUUAAUGAACGUGGAUACAGCCUUGGUUGCCGGCUCGAAUGCAACUUGCGCUGUUUGUCGAAGGCUUGGCGCAACAGUGAGAUGUUUCAAAGUACGUUGCGGGAGUGUCUACCAUCUAGGAUGUGCCGUAAAGGACAACUGCGUGUUUUACAAAAAUAAAACUGCCUUCUGCGCCUCACAUGCACCAAAGAAUGAGAAAGACAACGAGCUGACCACGCUGAGCGUGGGACGGCGCGUAUUCGUGUGUCGCGACGAGCAGCGGCAGGUUGCGUCUGUCAUGUUGCACUCCGACACCAACCACCUCAUCCGCGUAGGUGGUCUCAUCUUCCUGAGCCCCGGACACCUGCUGCCACACCAGCUGGCCGCCUUCCACACCCCCAACUACAUAUACCCAAUCGGUUAUAAAAUUGUGCGGUUUUACUGGUCAAUGCGGCGCGCCAACAGCCGCUGCCGCUACGUUUGCUGGAUCUCCGAGGAGGAGGGCCGGCCGCGCUUCCACGUGCGCGCGCAGGACGAGCGCCAGGAGAUGAGCGCGCCCACGCCGCGCGCCGCCUGGGCCGCUGUACUAGAUGCUGUAGCCGCUCUGCGAGAAGGAAGGGGCGAGGAGGGCGUUUUAAAGCUGUGGCCCAACUAUGUCACCGGAGAGGACCUCUUCGGACUAACUGAACCGGCCGUCGUUCGAGUUCUUGAAAGUUUGCCGGGCAUCGAAACGCUGACCGACUACCGCUUCAAGUUCGGGCGCUCGGCGCUGCUGGAGGGCGGGCUGGCCGUGAACCCGUCGGGCUGCGCGCGCUGCGAGGCGCGGUGCGCGCGCGUGUGGCGCCGGCCCGCGCGCUCGCUGCUGCCCGCGCCGCCCGCGCCGCCCGCGCUGGAGCACGCCGCGCACCCCGCCUGCCCCUACUCCAAGCAGUUCGUGCACACCAAGAGCAGCCAGUACAAGAAGAUGAAGCUCGAGUGGCGCAACAACGUCUACCUCGCCAGAUCCAAAAUUCAGGGAUUGGGUCUAUAUGCUGCACGAGACUUGGAAAAACACACGAUGGUCAUAGAAUACAUCGGCGAAAUCAUUCGUUCGGAACUCUCUGAGAUUCGUGAGAAACAAUACGAAGCUAAGAACCGCGGCAUCUACAUGUUCCGGCUGGACGAGCGGCGCGUGGUGGACGCGACGCUGAGCGGCGGCCUGGCGCGCUACAUCAACCACUCGUGCCAGCCCAACUGCGUGGCCGAGACCGUGGAGGUGGACCGCCACGUGCGCAUCAUCAUCUUCGCCAAGCGCCGCAUCGCGCGGGGGGAGGAGCUGGCAUACGAUUACAAGUUCGACAUAGAAGACGACGCACAUAAGAUCAUGUGCAUGUGCGGGGCGCCCAACUGCCGCAAGUGGAUGAACUGAGUCCUCGAGAGACGGACGAGCGUCUUUUCGAGUGGAUAGAUUCCAUUAAAAGGCUAUGAUUGUAAUAGUUGUAGGUACCAAAGUGAUUUUACAAUCCUAGCAAGAGAAUAUUUUCAAAGCAAUGGAUUCCUCUUUUUAAGCUGAUGUGUGAUCUUAACUAUAAAUAAGACAAUAUCGACAGAAUUUUACAGAUAACGCUCGUUCUACGGCAAUUUUGUAGUUCGGCCGUCGAAUAUUAAAACGUGCGGAACGCUUUGUACAUAGUAUAUUGAUUGAUAUAAAAUCAUUGUUGUUAUUGAAUUUUAAUGUUUUUGAUGUGAAUGGUCCGGAAGUAUACGUAGGCUUAGAUUUAAUUUAAUUUCGACAUAUUCUAUGAAUGUUCUUUAUAGCUGCUUUAUUUCUUUGACAUAUUAUUAUCUCGUAAUUUGUUAAUCGCUAAAGUUUAUUUACUCGUUGGUAUCAAUUUUUAUAUUUUCACAAUUAAUUAUGUAAAAUUGUAUAUGUUUUUGUAAAUGGUGUAUUGUAUUUCAUCUUAGAUUUCGCACUGAUAUCGAUGUUUUCACUAUAUUAUCAAAUUAAUAAUUUAUAAAAAAAUAUAUUUUGUUAUACCUUUGAUAAUCUCAACAGCGGUGUAAUAGUAUGACUUAGGUUAAGUUACCAAAUAGACAAGUCUGCAUUUAGUAUCGCAUAACACGUGUUAUUAGCUGUUUAAUACAUAAUGCCACAUCGUGCCUGACCAGUUUUGUAUGAGUGUUUACGUGACGUACUUCUGCGUCCAUCACUGUUUACUAGUUCGUAAAACUCGUAAUUUCUCGUUUUCAAUUAAAAUUUCAGAAUUUUCAUUUAAUUUUCUGUUUAAAAUGCCAAUUCAGAUCAGAAUCUCAUGGAGCAAAACACUGCAGAUCCCCCUCACAUAUUUGCAGGACUAGGUGAAGCCUAACGUUUUCAACUAGUAAAUCUAAGCGCGAUUUAUAGAUAGAAUAAUAGAUGUAACAUUUAUGGAAUCGAAAUGUGAAAAUUAUUUUGAAUGAUCUUGACGAUUUUGGAAAUGUCUAGUUGAAUUGUGUGUAUCAUUCAUAAACUGUAAUGUAAAUGGUCAGAUGUAGGCUAUAAGGAAUUAGUGAGACAAGGGUAAAGGAUUGAUUGCUAGUGCAGUCUGGGUUAGGAUCGUGAGCGCCGGGAAAUAUUACGUAUUUAUUAUUUGUAUAAUACCCUAACAUUUUGAAAUUCUCGAAUCGUUUUUAGAACAAAUUUAAUAUUACAAAUAUAAUUUUAUUAUAAUCAAUCUCGUAUAAGCAAUGAAAUUAUAUGGCGAACACGUAACCUAUUGAAGGUAGAUUAUUAUCUAAUGUACACCCAGGUUGCCAUCUUGUAACGUUUUCUCACGCAAUUAGUAAUUAUAAGUUUUAAUGUGCAAUAUCAAGUCAGUACCGAUUGUAAAUAAUACCGACUCUGCUGCAGGUUUUAGUGAAUCAUUUUAAUUGAUAAUCAUGUACUAGUUUUAUGUUUUGUAAGCUGUUGAAGUGAUAUUACGUCGCUUUCCCAUCAACUUAUUUAUUUAAAAGCAUUCCCAUUCGUUUACACAUUAAUAGAACUGACUAUUGAUUCACUAGACAUAUUUUUGAGUGCUAGUGAAAUUAUAUCUUUUAGAAAUAUUCUAUACUUAAUAUUUUUAUCCCAUUAUUUUCUUUCAUUAAAAUUUAUAAGUAACAUAAA